CAUUACGUACGGUCUCGGAACCUUGACCCGCACGUUUGUUGUACACGAACACCAUACACAACGGACCGGCUUCCUUUACCCACAAUCCUCUGCGUUUGGUCCGUCCUUCCGACUUCCGCCGCAACUACAAGCCGAAAUGGCCCCAAAUAAGAAAGGAGAGAAAAAGAAGGGGCGUUCAGCCAUCAACGAGGUUGUGACCAGAGAGUACACCAUCAAUGUCCACAAGCGCAUCCAUGGAGUUGGUUUCAAGAGGAGGGCGCCCCGCGCCAUCAAGGAGAUCCGCAAGUUUGCCAUGAAGGAGAUGGGAACUCCUGAUGUCCGCAUUGACACUCGCCUUAACAAGGCAGUGUGGAGCAAGGGUGUCAGGAACGUGCCAUACAGGAUGCGCGUACGACUGUCCAGGAAGCGUAAUGAGGACGAGGACUCUCCCAACAAACUGUACACCUUGGUCACAUACGUACCUGUCACCACAUGCAAAGGUCUGCAGACAGUCAAUGUUGAUGAAAACUAAACUCUGCGAGUCGAAUAAAUAUAAAAGAAUA